UUUUUCACCCUUGUGCGAACCAGAGAUCGUCUUCGCGCCCACGCGUGUGCAUUGUGGUGGCCCACGAUGCGAGGAUGCCGUCCAUGUCGUCUGUUUUUCGUUGGCCCGAAGACAUUCCGAGCCCGUUUCGGCCCCAGUACCCGCAAACGGGAUAGCUCUUGAGCCUCAUGAGGACAAGCUUCGGGCGAGGAAACGGGGAGAAAGGCACGAAUAGCUCACCAUGCUUGGGAUGUCCGAUGAUCGGGGGAGACCUGGGGUUGACUUGGUUCUCUCGUUGGUUUUUGCAAAACUCUGUGAAUCCUCACGCCCCUCAUCUAAGUCGGUCCUCAUUUACGCGAUGUUCUGGACCUCUGGCCAAAGAUUUGGACCGGGGGGGGGGGUUUCCCCUCGAGACGGCUCAGACGAGACAGGCAGACGUGAGUGCGGUUCGCGAACCUGUGAGAGGCUCAAAUGCCGUUAUCUUGCAUGAGAGCUUCCCUUCCAACCCCCCCCCCCCCCCCCCCCCCCCCCCUGUCUCGUCGUGCUCAUCGGGAUGGCGUCCAAAGGGUCCUGGGUUCCUGUCAUGGAGGGUUGACAACCCCACCAGUCCGUGGGGUAUGUUUUUCCAACAAUCCCGAAAGUAUCCGACCCUGCCCGGUGUGCCUGGGUGAUGAAUGGAUGCGUGGGAUGAGGUGUGGAAGCGAUUGGUGUAUCUAGCUGAGAGCAUUUGCUUUCUUUGGGUGUUUGUCCGCAAGAGCUGAAGCAGAAAUUUUCGUCGAUUUUUGCUUCAGCUUUCAGCCUUUUCAAAGGCCCUUUUCAGCUUGUAAGCGAGGACGGGACCCCCCUUAUGGCCAGCUUUGCCUGAUACUAGGC